CCGUUAGUGAAAUAAACGGAAUGCUGACUUGGCUGCCUUGUCAGCCUCUCCGUCGCUUACACCUCAUACUUCAGUGACAUGUCUGACGCCACGUCAUUAAAUGAAAAAAAAAAAAAAUUUCGGCAGACUUAAAAUCGUGGACCAGAGGCUCGUUCUUCUUCCUCCUCCUCCCUUUUCACUUCACCCAUUGAAUCUAGGGUUUCAAGUGCCAUCACCGCCGCCUCCUCUGAACCACGGCCGCUGAUUAAAGGAGGCCUGCCGCCUCCUCUGAACCUUAACCCCUUCGCCGCCGGUGUUUCAACCCGACCCCGCCUCCGCUAUUUCGCGCGCGACCCAGCCUCCCCUUUUUCGAGCUUGGCGCGACUCUGCCUUUUCCAGCCGACCCCGACUCCGUGCCACACCGACCUCCAAGAGAAAAGAGGAAAGGGUGGGCAACCAGAUCAGCCACUUACCGGUCGAAUGAAAGGAAGAAGCCCAGGAAAUCAACCGUCCGAGAUUCCCAAAAGCAUCCUGAGGAUUAGGGUUUUUUGCUGUCGAAUUGGAAUUAGGAUUCUUGGCGUUUCGAUGGUCGAUUUGAGCUCACCAGAGUUGAAUCGAGUCGCCGGAAUGCUCGCCGACCCGUUAUUAACCACAUGGAAGCAUCGCCGCCGACUCGGAGGAAAGGGGUUUUUGGGAUGGGAUGAGUGGAUGGGAGAAAAAACUGGUACGAGGAGGAAAGGGGUUUUUUGGCGUUGCCGGGAUCGAUCGGAAGCUGGGGCGCUCCUCGUCGGUGAACAGCGCCGCCGUUGUGGAAAUUGCCUGGGCUGUUCGUUGUCUUCGUCGGGGGCGUCGGGCGAGUAGGGUUCGAAGGGAAGGGAAGAUGAUGUCGAUUGUCGACUGUGGAGAAAAGAAAGGAAAAAUGAAAAGGAAGAGAGAGGGAGUGGCUGAUCUGUUCCCCUUAUCUUUUUUUUUCCACGUGGAAAAUACUUACCGGACGAAAAUCGCCACAUAGGAUUAUCCGUUAAUCCAGUCAGCAUCCUAAGUAACGCCGUCAAAGAAUUGGAAGGAAAUGGCUAUAUUUGGUAUUUCGUCAAAAGUGGCUAUAUUUGGCAAAUUCGUCAAAGUUUUGGCUAUACAAGUGUAUUUUGCCAAUUUUAAAAUAGCUGAUGACCAUCAGCUAUUUUACAAUCCCACAAUUGUGGGUUUUUGAAAUCUCUAAUAUUUAAAAUCUCUUAUCGGGGUCGUUUGGAUUAGUGAAUGUGAUGAGGGAUUUAUGAGUGAUUUUAAAACAAUCUCUCGUUAUGCAGGAUUUUAAAACAAUUCUGCGUUUGGAAAGGUGAGAGAUUGUGGGCAUGAGGAAAUUCUAAAUCUCUCAUAUGAGAGUUUUUAAAUAGCUGAUGGGGAUCAGCUAUUUCACAAUCACUCAUUUUUUCUCAUUCUUUUCCAAACUCUGCCCCUCCUUUUGUUCUUCCUUAGGGAUUAGGGAUGGGUAUAAUUGUAACUUUAAUUUUUAAUUAAAAUCCUUCAUCUAUUCCCAAACAUGUUAUUUGGAUCAAAUCCCACGUUUAAAAUACUUGGGUUUUUAAUUGAGAGAUUUUAAUCCAAAUCUCUCAUUUACACAUUCCCUAAUCCAAACGACCCAUCAUAUAAUUGCUUUCCAAAUGAGUGAUUUUAACACUAUGUGGGAUUGUGCCCAAAUCCCACACCCAAGACCUGCAUCCAAAUGACCCGGCAGGUAUUGGAUUCCCUAGCUAUGAUUGCCUGGCAUACUCCAGUUCCUCUCCUAGAGGCUCUUCUUAGAUGGAGGGAGAGGUGUGUUCUCCUGGAAACUGAAAUCCUUCUAUUUGUGUAUUAUCUUUCGGCUUCUGUAAUUCACUUUCAUUUUCUCUCUACUUGAAUUUUGAUAAGCCAAGUAAACCUUAGUGGAGAAGAGGAAUGAUCAUGUUGCAGAAUUGGUAAAGAAAAUUAGAAAAAGGGAAAUUAUAUAACAAAGCAUGUGAAUGUCGCCACAACUGAUUCAAUUGUCAUUUUUAAGUAAUUCUUUAAAUGACAUCCUCGUUUCUUAAUUGCAGCGAAUCUCCUAAAGGUGCAAAUGAUGCAUCUACAUUCCAAAAAAAGGUUUGUCUCAAGACCCAAAUACUUGCAUCAUCAUAGGAAGUGGUGGGCUUUGUGGUAAAAAUUUGUUUUGCGAACUAUUGGUCAUAGUAUAUGUUUUGUUAGUGCAACCUCCUAUGUUGUCCCACUCUUACUUCACUCUUGUUAAGGCAUUUGGAUGGACAUAUUUUCUGUUCGGAAACUUUCAAAAGACGGUUUGUAGCAACAUAUCGGUCAUUACGACUCACAUGAUCUCAGUAAUCAGUUUACUAAAAUAUUUUAGUUGGUUUUUGCUGUUAUUUAUGGUACAGUGGAUAUCGUUGGUUCUAGAUUUAGCGCCUGGGUACAUUAGGAGAGUUUCAUGGAGGAAUAGGAUCUUGAGUUUUCUUAUAUCAAGUAUGAACUUUGUCAAGUUUAAUUUGGCUUAGCUUGAGAAGUUGUGGCUUUGCAUUGGAUAUGCAUGCAGAACAUAAUAAAAACUAAUGUCUGUGAUGUUCAUUAAGCCAUGCUAUGUUUCAUUUGCAGUAGAAUCUUGUGUUUAGAAGUCGGUAUAACCAUAUUAGACGUCAGAAUGUUAUAUCUUUGUCUCACUAAGUUUGUUGGUAUUUCCCUUAGAGAUAGCAGAUUCGCUAUUCUCAGGAAGCAUGAUAGUAUGCAUUGAAGCAGAUGACUAGAAAUGCAUCUCUUGAUUUAGAAAUAUACUCUAUGUUUGAUUCACUUGAUAGAGCAUAAUGAAGUCAAAGGUAGUAUGGGAUGAGGAACUCAAGCUGGUGUAUCGGUGGUAUUGGUAUUGGUUGUGGUCAUGCUUGUCUAAGAUAUGUGAUGUUAUCUUGAUUCUAUGGCCGGAUGCAAUGGUUUUUGUUGUUCUCUCUCUGUAAGUGAUUGAAUAUGUGAAUCUAGGUUGUCCUGGAUCCAGUCAAUAAUCAUAGCUAUACUGUCUUUUGGCAAGCAUUCCCUUGGUGAUACAUUUGUUAUCUGUCUAUUUUUUCUCUUAACAAUAAUUGAUAUCGAAUUUAAUACCCUUUUUAUGCAAGCCUAGCUAGCUGUGGAGUGUAUUUUCUGCUCAGCGUGUAUACGAUUUGUAGAGUGCUGCCCACAGGAGGGACUUACAGGUUUGUUCAAGAAUGUGAAUUAGUUUCUAGUUAUUCUAAUAUUUGGUUCUUGUGUGAAAUUACAUUGCUAAUUAUUGUUGCAGAGAAGCUGUGGUCUGUGUUCGAUUGGUUAAUUAAUGCUGACAGGUACGGCUUUGGAUUACAGUCAUAAUUUGUGAUCAUUAAUAAUGUCUACAAAACCUGAAUACUUCCAACUAAUCCAUCCCUGCAUAUACCUCUAUGUUGUUUACUUUUUUUUUUUUUAUCUGGUAGAGUUCUCUGUGAGUCUGUGUAUUCUGCUUGUUACUUGUUAUAGUUCGCAUGAAAAAAAUCUUCUAUGAAUAAUAGUUCACAUAAUUGAUAUAUUUUUUUGCAGAGUUGUUAGUCAGGUUGAAAAUCCCUCAUUGGUUGAUUUGCGUGGCCUUCUCUUGGAUCUGGUUGCUCAACUCCUUGGUGCCUUAUGUCGGAUCAGGUAACUAAAUUGUUGCAUUAUGACCUUGAAGGAUAUUAUUUCGCAUGUCAUUGUAAAUUGUGGACGAAGCACUUGCUGACAUUUUUGCGAAAAUCUGUUGUAGCAUUAGUUGGUAACCUUAGUUUUUAUGUAAAUGUAUUUUUUUUCCCUUGCCACAGGUUUAGCUCAGUAACUGAGCGCUUUUUCAUGGAGCUAAAUACACGUCGGAUUGACACUAGUAUGGCCCGAAGCGAAACACUCAGUAUUGUCAACGGAAUGCGAUACUUGAAGCUUGGGGUAUGCAUGUCUUUACCUCUUAUGUGGCUCUUGGCGAACUUCUGGUGCUGUUCUUUCUCAAUUUUAAGACACGACAAAAACUGUUUAAAGCCUAAGGUCUGGCCAAACAGAUAGUGAGGAAAGUGAGUUUGACAAUUUACACUGGGGCAUGGGCAGGUUAAGACUGAGGGGGGCCUAAAUGCAUCAGCUUCUUUUGUGGCCAAAGCAAAUCCUUUGAACCGUGCUCCACACAAGCGCAAAAGUGAGCUCUACCAUGCACUCUGUAAUAUGCUCUCGAACAUCCUAGCUCCAAUGGCAGAUGGUGGAAGAAACCAAUGGCCACCAUCAGGGGUGCACAAUGCACUUGCUCUAUGGUAUGAGGCUGUUGGUCGAAUAAGGAUGCAACUUAUACAUUGGAUGGACAAGCAAAGCAAGCAUAUAGCUGUAAGUGCAUCUUAGAUAACCUGCGGCAUGAAUUUUUUUAUCCCCCCCAUGGUUUUGAAGCAGUGAGCAAUUCUGUGCCUUAUUCCCAAGGGAGAAGCUGUGUUUUUUAUCAUUUGGAUAAACUGACCAAUUGAGUUCACUGAGGAAUACACAAUUUGUCCGAGAGCCGAUUCAUAAAAUUUGGUAAUUGUUUAGCCUAGAAUUCUUGAAAAAUCUUGAAAAAUGAUAUCUGGUCAUGCUGAUGCACUAGAACUCUUGGCAAACCAUUCAUUUUUGUAUUUAACUGGGGGGAAAAAAGAUUGUGCAGAAAUUGUGUUUACAAUCGGAUGUUGGAAUUUUCACUUGAAAAUAAAUGAAUUGUUAGUCAUAGAAUAUUAUUCUCGUCAGACUUAAACCUAAUCGUUAUUAAAGGAAUUCCUUGUUGGCUUUCUGCUUCUUUAGGUUCGAACCCUUGUUAUUUUAGUUCCAACUAGUUUUGGUUUUUUUGCUGGGAGACAUCUUUUCGUACUUAAGGAAAUGGAAACAGAGGUUAGUUAAUGUAAUUCAAAUUAAACUUGUGUUUGGUGUCCGUAGAACUUGGAUGGAAGGAGAAGGUGAAAAUCCAAUCAAACAGAGAUCUUCUAAUUUCUUAAGCCUAGCUGACGUUGAUUUGGAACAGUUUUUUGCUAUAUUGACAAAAGUGGGUGUGGCACGUGUUGCCCAACUUCUGCAUUAUCAAAUAUGUUGCUUCGAGUCUGAAGUCUUACUGUACUUUUGUUCUAAUGCACAUUCACAGAUUGUUUUGGCAGUUUUACAUCACUUCUAAUAUCAAACCUUGACAUGAUAUGUUGGCCUUUAGCAUUAUGUAGCCCCAUUUUUGUAGCCUCACUCGCUAUUAGCAGCUCUGAUAUUUGCGUUUUUGUUUUUUCCAUUUUCCUUUUUCUUUAGGUUGGCUACCCGCUUGUUACCCUUCUUCUCUGUCUCGGUGAUCCUCAAAUAUUUCACAGCAACCUAAGCCCACACAUGGAGCAACUUUACAAGCUUUUAAAGGUAGGUUUGUUCUGGAACUUCACUCUAAGUGGCAGAUGGGACAACUCUUGGUGGUCAUUUCUGAUAGAGAAGAGUAGGAUUUGGGGGUUGAGAAGAAGAAUUAGGGAUUGAGAAAGAAUUAGGGAUUGGAAAUAGAAUUGGGGAAGAACA